AUGGCAGCUAACACUAUUACCAGCCUGUCACAGCUGCUGCCACUAGAGCUUCUGGACAAACGUAGAGGGUCAAGAAUUCACAUUGUGAUGAAGAGUGAUAAGGAAAUUGUUGGUACACUUCUAGGAUCUGAUGACUUUUGAAAUCACACCUGAGGCCGGCCCGUGGCUCACUCGGUAGAGUGUGAAAUCACACCUGAAGGAAGAAGGAUUACUAAAUUAGAUCAGAUUUUGCUAAGUGGAAAUAAUAAAACAAUGCUGGUUCCUGGAGGAGCAGGACCUGAAAUGUGA